AGUGUGUGUAUGGGUGUGAUUGAGCGAGUUCCCAGCCGUGCACCGCCUGUGAGAAUUCACAAGUGUGGAACUGAGCUGUUGGGUCACCCUCAGACCCCUGAGCCAGACAGACAGAGCGAUAGAUAGAGGUGGUCUUCUAUUCUCUUACAUACAAUCCAGUUCUGUGUUCCUUUUGCUGAUCUAGCUUGGAGAGAAAGCGCACAACAGUCUGCUUGUGGGUGGUAGUAGCUGGAUUUUCUAGUGUGUGUUUGUGUGCGUGCGUUGGGAGUAUAACGCUUGGAUGGUUGACUGGCUGAGCCGUGUGUCUGCUGCUGUGGCAUCAUGUUGAGGUGCGUGCUCCAGAGGGCCACUAACCUAGAGAGGGGAGACAGGCACAGCGACCCCCAGGCUGGCAUCACCUUCAGAGGGUCGAAGAAGAAGACUAAAGUCAUCAAAAACAAUAAUAAUCCAGUGUGGAAUGAGGGCUUUGAGUGGGACUUGAAAGGAGUGCCCUUAGACUCUGGUGCACAGAUCCAUGUGGUCGUCAAGGACCAUGAGAAAAUGGGACGCAACAGGUUUCUGGGGGAAUGCAGGGUGUCUCUCCGAGACGUUCUUAACUCCCCCAACUUGGCAGCCACCUUCACCGUCUCCUUGGUCGAUACCAAGAAAAACAGUACAGGAGCAACAGUGACCCUGCAGGUCUCCUACAGUCCUCCUCCUGGGAUGAUGCCCAUAUUUCAGCCUCCUCCACAGCCAGAGCCUACGCGCAGCCACACCCCAGUGGAACUGGAUACUGUGACAGUGUUCUCGCUGGACACCAUGGGGGAGGAUGACACGGAGAGCAUGCUGAUGAUGGAGACGGUGGAGGAGCCAGAGGAGCCGGCCAUCGGGGGAGUUCCGGGAGUCCCUCAGGAGCCAGGAGUCCCCACUGCACCGCCCAAAAAGGCCCCCCCAAACUUCAACCCCAGCCUGAAGAAGAAGAAGCGUCAUGGCUCCUCCAACAAAGCACCCCUUCCAAAUAAACCACAGGACCUACAGGUGCGGGUACGGAUUAUUGAGGGUCGGCAGUUACCAGGUGUGAACAUCAAACCUGUUGUCAAAGUUACUGUUGGUGGACAGACCAAAAGAACUCGGAUCAGGAAAGGCAACAAUCCAUUCUUUGAUGAGACAUUCUUUCUAAACUACCACGAGACACCUUCAGACCUGUUUGAUGAACCCAUAUUCAUCACGGUGCUGGAUUCAAAGAGUCUACGUACAGAUUCUGUCAUUGGUGAAUUCAAGAUGGACGUGGGAAUGGUUUACCAUGAAAACAGACAUGCUAUUCUCAGGAAGUGGCUGCUGCUGUCGGAUCCUGAUGACCUCUCCGCUGGUGUCCGGGGAUACCUGAAAGUCAGCCUGUUUGUGCUGGCUGCAGGCGAUGAGCCCCCGAUGGAUAAAAAAGAAGGUGUUGAGGAGAAAGAGGACAUCGAGGGUAAUUUAUUGCGACCUGCCGGACUCACCAUCAGAGGAGCCAUCUUCACACUGAGAAUCUUUAGAGCAGAAGACCUCCCACAAAUGGAUCAGGCCUUAUUCGAUGGCAUGAAGCAAAUCCUAGGAUUUGAUUCCAACAGGAAGAACCUUGUUGAUCCUUUCGUGGAGGUCAACUUUGCCGGGAAAACGAUCUGCAGCAAGGUUUUGGAGAAGAACGCCAGUCCACAAUGGAACCAAAGCUUGAUGCUUCCUGUCCGGUUUCCCUCCAUGUGUGAGAAGAUGAGAAUCCGUGUCUUGGACUGGGAUCGAGCGAGCCACAAUGACGUUAUCGGAACCUUGAAUCUGUGCAUGUCAAAGAUCUCUGCCCCUGGAGGCGAGAUACAGGAUGAUUUGUCUCCAAGGACUCUUCGACAAGUCAUGGACGACAGCGUGGGUUUCCUGCCGACCUUUGGUCCCUGUUAUGUCAACAUGUACGGGAGUCCCAGAGAGUUCAGUGUCAUCACAGACACCCAUGAGGUGCUGAAUAUGGGCAAGGCUGAAGGUGUGGCCUACCGUGGCCGUGUGCUCAUGGAGCUCAGCACCAAGCUGACAGACCGAGGGGAACAUCGAGUAGAGGACAUCUCCUUUGAUGAUCUCCUGGUGGUUGAGAAGUUUAUGAGGAAGAGGAAGUAUUCCCUGUUCGCCGCAUUCUACUCGGCCACCCUCCUGCAGGAUGUGGACGAUGCCAUCCAGUUUGAGGUCAGCAUUGGCAACUAUGGCAACAAGUUUGACCACACCUGUCUUCCCUUGGCCUCAACAACCCAGUUCAGCAGGGCUGUGUUUGACGGUUGCCACUAUUACUAUUUGCCGUGGGGAAACAUAAAGCCUGUGGUGGUCUUGUCGUCUGAAUGGGAGGACAUCAGCCCUCGCAUAGAGGCCCUCAACAUGCUCCUCAAUGCUGCAGAACGUGUGGAGUCGAACCUGCAGCAGGUGCAACUGGAACUGAAAGCAGGCAGCGACCAUGAGGUGGAGGCAAACCUGGUCCAACUUCUAGAUGACGUCAUUGCAGAUUGCAGUGAGGAGCUGCCAGAGAUCGAUGACUGGCCAUGUGUGACCGCUCUGGACAAAUCCAUCAGGAGUCUUCGCAAGAUCAACCUGCAGCAGAUUGUGGAGACGGCGCUAUCGCUCAAACAUGGAGCGGCGGAAAAUGUGGGCAUGGUGCUGGACCAAGCCGAAGACUGGGCACUAAGGCUGCGCAAUUUGGCAGAGGAGCCCCAGAACAGUCUGCCGGACAUCGUGAUCUGUAUGCUCCAGGGGGACCGCAGGGUGGCCUACCACCGCAUCCCGGCCCACCAGGUGCUCUUCUCCCAGGGCUACUGUGGCAAACACUGUGGCCAGCUGCAAACCGUUUUCAUGAAGUACCCACAAGACGGAGACGCUAACGCCAAGAUCCCCGCUCAGCUCCGAGUGAAGGUCUGGUUUGGUUUGGCGGCAGAUGUGAAACACUUCAACCAAUUUGCUGAGGGAAAACUAUCAGUAUUCGCUGAGACGUAUGAGAACCAGACAAAACUUGCCCUGGUAGGGAACUGGGGCACCACUGGGCUCACCUACCCCAAGUUCAGUGACCUGACUGGCCGGGUGAAGCUCCCUAAGGACAGCUUCAAACCCUCACCAGGGUGGAACUGGGGUGGAGACUGGUUCAUCAAUCCAGAGAAAACGUUGUUAUAUGAUACGGAUGCUGGCCAUAUGAGUUUUGUGGAAGAAGUUUUUGAGACCCAAAUGCGGUUGCCUGGGGGACAGUGGAUCGGAAUGCCAGAGGGAUACACUGAUGUGAAUGGAGAGAAGGCUAUUGCUAAGGAGGAGAUCGAGUGUCCUGCAGGCUGGGUUUGGGAGGACGUGGAGUGGAGUGAGGACCUGAACAGAGCUGUGGACGACCAAGGCUGGGAGUAUGGCAUCACCAUUCCACCUGACCGUCGGCCCAAGGCCUGGGUGCCGGCCGAGAAGAUGUACCACACCAACCGCAGGAGACGCUGGGUCCGCCUGAGGAGGAGAGACCUGCAGAAGAUGGAGGCUCUGAGGAAGCAGCGUCCAGAUGAGUCAGAGCUGGAGGGUUGGGAGUACGCGUCGCUCUUUGGCUGGAAGUUCCACCUGAAGCAGCGCAAGACCGACUCGUUCCGCCGCCGCCGCUGGCGCCGCCGCAUGGAGCCGCUGGAGAAGGCCGGACCGGCGGCCAUCUUUGCUCUGGAGGGCACACUGGGCAGUGUGACUGAGGACAAGAAUGAUGACAAGUGUGUCACGACUACAACCUUUGGUGUUAAUCGUCCAACCAUAUCUUGCUUUUUUGACAGUGGAGCUCGCUACCACCUGCGCUGCUAUCUGUACCAGGCAAGGGAUCUGCUAGCCAUGGACAAAGACAGCUUCUCAGAUCCCUACGCGAUUGUGUCCUUCCUGCACCAGAGCCAAAAGACGGUGACCGUGAAAAACACCCUCAACCCCACCUGGGACCAGACGCUCAUCUUCUACGAGGUGGAGAUAUUCGGAGACGCAGACAUCACCGACAAAAAUCCCCCCCACGUUACCGUGGAGCUCUACGAUCAGGACACUUAUGGGGCAGAUGAGUUUAUGGGCCGCUGCGUGUGCCAGCCCUCCAUGGUGGCCUCUCCCAGCCUGACGUGGUUCCCCGUGCAGAGGAAUGGCAAGCCUGUUGGAGAGCUGCUCGCUGCCUUUGAGCUCAUCCGCAGGGAGAAGGCCUCUGUUCAUCACAUUCCAGGUCAAGAGGGUGACAUAUUAUCUUCUGCUCAUAUCAUGGACGAGCUUAUGCUCCCAGGAUUCCUCGCAGAAAACCAGCAGGAAUGGCCGGAAGAUUCGGACCUGCCCUACCCACCCCCUCAGAGAGAGCCCAAUAUCUACAUUGUUCCCCAGGGCAUACGGCCCGUUCUACAACGCACUGCUAUAGAGAUUUUGGCCUGGGGGUUACGCAACCUGAAGAGUUUCCAGAUGGCCAGCGUGACCUGCCCCAGUCUCCAGGUGGAGUGUGGCGGUCGCAUGGUGCAAUCCUGUGUCAUCCGCAACACCAAGAAGAACCCCAACUUUGACGUCAACACGCUUUUCAUUGACGUGCGGCUGCCCGUGGAGGAGCUGUACAUGCCCCCUCUGGUCAUCAAGGUGAUUGACAACCGCCAGUUCGGCAGGAAGCCGGUGGUGGGCCAGUGCAGCAUCCGCUACCUGGAGGAGUUCCGUUGCCAGGCCGACGGACUAGAGAGGGAUCCCACAGAGGAGGACAUAGGUGACAUGGCACCAACCCCUCGAGAUGAUGUUCUGAUUGACAUCGAUGACAAGGAGCCUCUCAUUCCUGGACAGCUAGCAGAUGGAACCAGCUCUGCCAUCAUUAACAUCUCUACCUCUCUCUCCAGUUUACAUGAGGAUGAGUUCAUGGACUGGUGGAGUAAGUACUAUGCAUCAUCGGGGGAGAGGAGUAAAUGUGGGACCUAUCUGGACAAAGGCCUGGACACACUGAAGAUAUAUGAUCGUGAACUGGAGAGGGUUGCUGGUUUUGAGAGGCUGGCAGACUUCUGCCAGACCUUUAAACUGUAUCGCGGUCGAACGCAGGACGAGAGCGAAGACCCUUCCGUUGUUGGGGAGUUCAAAGGCAUGUUUAAGAUCUACCCUCUUCCUGAUGACCCCUCCGUUGCGGCCCCGCCACGGCAGUUCAGCUUUCUGCCACCCAACGGCAUGGAGGAAUGCCUGGUGCGGAUCUACAUCAUCCAAGCCAGCGGCCUUCAGCCAAAGGACGCCAAUGGGAAGUGUGAUCCGUAUGUGAAAAUCACCCUGGGGAAGAAAACCAUCAACGACCAGGAGCACCACAUCCCCUGCACACUGGACCCCGUUUUUGGAAGGAUGUUUGAGCUCAGCUGUUCGCUCCCUCUAGAGAAAGACCUGAGGAUCGCGCUGUACGACUACGACAUGUUGACCAAGGAUGAGAAGAUCGGCGAAACUAAGAUUGACCUGGAGAACCGCUUCUUGUCACGCUACGGAGGCCGAUGUGGCCUCCCACAGUCAUACUGCAUCUCAGGGGUGAACCAGUGGCGUGACCAACUGAAACCCACUCAGCUGCUGCAGCGCUUCUGCGAGAGGAGGAACUGUCGCCUGCCCGUCUACAAGCCUGACAGCAUUCACUUCCAGGGACACGAGUACACCGCCGCUGAUCUGGUGGAGUCCAGAUAUGGGGAGGAGGCCCAGGCGAACCCUCACUUGGGGCCUCUGCAGGAGCGUCUCGCUCUGCUGGUCCUCCGCAGACAGGGCCUGGUGCCUGAGCACGUGGAGACGCGACGCCUCUUCAGUCCCCUACAGCCGGACAUCGAACAGGGAAGAGUGCAGAUGUGGGUGGACAUAUUUCCAAAAUCGUUUGGACCACCAGGGCCUCCUUUCAAUAUCACACCGCGCAAAGCCAAGAAAUUCUUCCUCCGCUGUGUCAUAUGGAACACCAGUGAUGUCAUUCUUGAUGACGUCAGCAUAAGUGGCGAGAAGAUGAGUGACAUCUAUGUGAGAGGCUGGAUACACGGGCACGAGGGAAACAAGCAGAAGACUGAUGUCCACUACCGCUCCCUGGGGGGUGAGGGAAACUUCAACUGGAGGUUCCUUUUCCCCUUCCACUACCUACCUGCAGAACAGCUCUGUGUCGUGGAUAGGAAGGAGCAUUUCUGGAGUAUGGACAAAGCUGAAGUCAAGCUUCCCCCCAAGCUCUCGAUUCAGAUCUGGGACAAUGACAAGUUCUCCUUUGAUGACUACCUUGGUUGUUUGGAGAUGGAUCUGAAUCACAUGUUGCGGCCGGCCAAGUCAGCUGAGAAGUGCACCCUGGAUCUGCUGCAGCAGGCCCCAGAGAAGCUGGUCUCCCUUUUCGAGCAGAAGACAGUGAAAGGCUGGUGGCCCUGUGUGUGUGACAGCGACGGAGAAAAAGUCAUCGCUGGCAAGGUAGAGAUGUCCCUGGAGAUUGUAAGUGAGCAGGAGCAGGAGGAGAGGCCUGCAGGGCUGGGUAGAGACGAGCCCAACAUGAACCCUCAUCUGGAGGAGCCACAGCGCCCCGACACCUCCUUCCUGUGGUUCUCUUCUCCGUACAAAACCAUGAAGUUCAUCAUAUGGAGGCGAUUCAAGUGGCUCAUUCUUCUCUUCAUCAUCCUCUUCUUCAUCCUUCUGUUUGCUGGAGUCUUCCUCUACUCCUUCCCGAACUACGCUGCUAUGAAGCUGGUGGGGCCUUUUGGAGGUGGUGCGAAAGGAGGAACUGAAUGAGGAGCCUUGUGUCAUGGUGGGAGAUGAUGGUGAUGGUGAUGGUCUGGAGCACUGCUUAUGGACAGGACGAUACAUAAUAUAUCAGUGUUUUAUGAUACUUCAUAUUAUCGAACACAGUCUAUCAAUUAACUAUGAGCAUCAGUAUUGUUGAUGUCAUUUACCAUUUACAGUCAGUAUUGACAUGCUGUCUAUACCUUGUGUGUUGCAAACAACAUACAGUAUUAAAAAAAACUUCUUCAAAAAGUGUCCACACAUUUAAUUGGUUUCUUCUAUGAAUUUGUUAACCAGGUUCCUGGCUUAGUUACCGUAUAUUUUGAAUCUAAUGAUUAGUGUUUUAACGUAUUUUGCAUGUUGUAAGCAAAAUGAUAAUACAUUAUCAUCUACAAACUAUUAAAACAGAUGAGACUGUCCUAUUCAAUGGGGUCUUUAAUUAUAUCCAACACAUAUGAGACAUAAAUGUGUGGACCUUUUGAAGAUUUUUUACAUUUAUAAAGGCAUACAUUUACAAAUACUUCACACUACUGACUGGAAAAGACCAUAGUAAUCAGUGUUAUUUAAGGUUCAUGCCACAAUCAUUCAUGGGUCGCUGCUUCACAAUACUUGCAUACUGCUGCAAUAUACAUGUAAGCUGCACUAUGAUAGCAAUGUUUGCUCGACAAACGUUGGAAUGGCAAUAUAGUGGCUAUGUUCUUAAACACCUUAACUAAAUGCAACUUCCUUGUGUGUGUCUAACAGUAUUCCUGAAUGGCCUUUCCUGCAAAGAAACUGCCUGUAUUUCCACCAUCUUUACCUUUGCCAAGUAUUUAUUCAUUUCAGGUUCAUGGUGUAAAACUUUAUUUUGUGAUAUUUGUUACACACACUAUGAGGCUGGAAAAAGGUGAACUGACACAUUGGUUUUAGUAUGUAGUUGUGACAGGUGAUGACCCCACAUACAUCAACCAGGUUCUUUCACUUUGUUGCCAUAGCGAAAGGGAAUUGAGCGGCACUAGGUGCCAGCUGCCUGGCAAACCACAUACAGACAUGGUCACAAAUGGGGAAAAAGCAUAAAAGAAAAUCCUUGUCAUUUGCCAUAGCUACUGUACCUUUGUAGAGAUGACACCUGUGUGUGUGUGUGUGUGUGUGUGUGUGUGUGUGUGUGUGUGUGUGUGUGUGUGUGUGUGUGUGUGUGUGUGUGUGUGUGUGUGUGUGUGUGUGUGUGUGUGUGUGUGUGUGUGUGUGUGUGUGUGUGUGUGUGUGUGUGUGUGUGUGUGUGUGUCUCUCUCUAGCGUGCCUUUGCCCUCUGGGUGACCGGGCCGCGAACCCUCUUCUGUAUUCUCUUUGAUUCCCCUAUACCACUUUAAUCUCUCUUUCUGUUUAAUCCCCUUUUCAUGUUGCUAGUAAAACUGCCGCUUUCUUCACAGCCAGACGCUCCUUUCUUCUUCCUUCACGCAGAGUGAGAGGACAGAUAGAUCUGCCGCGUGCCGCCUCUCUCUCUCUCUCUCCGUCACUAUCUCACCCGCUUUGCUUCUCUCCCUCUCCUGCGUGCCCUUUCAACACCCUUUCAUUCGCUAGGUUAAAUCCAGGAUUUGUUCGGUGUGCUUGUAAGGUCUCGGGCAGACUGGGGGCCCCCGCUGUCAGCCGCUGAUACAGAGAUAACCAUCAGAUGUGUUGUUUUGGUUUGGGGGGGGGGGGGGGGG